GCGCAGAGGCAGCGGGAGCUUUUAUCAUUUUAUUAUAUUGUCCCCUAGGUCUCUGUAUGUGACGACGAUGGUCACAUUUUACAGAAGAAUAAUAUUGUUAUCCUAAGUACGUUACGGCGUUUGCGAUGCUUACCACGGAAGUUGGCGUUAGUAACGUCCCUGCAUUUUUAGUUAAACUAUGGAAGCUUGUCGAAGACGAGAAAUGCAACGACCUGAUCAGCUGGAGCUCGACUGGACGGAGCUUCAUCAUACACAACCAGACGCAGUUUGCCAAGGAACUUCUGCCCUUGUACUUCAAGCACAACAACAUGGCAAGCUUGAUCAGGCAGCUAAACAUGUAUGGCUUUCGCAAAGUGGCCAACAUAGACCAGGGUCUGAGGUCAGACCGAGAGGGAAUAGAGUUUUUCCAUAACUUCUUCAUUCGGGGUCAAGAAUGUCUGCUAGAAUUCAUCAAGCGAAAGGUUCCAUCUAGCCGGGCAGGAGCAGUUGUUCCUGAUGAUGGGCGAGCACGCAACGAGGUUUUCAAGGAGCUGCUUUCAGAUGUGGGCAGCAUCCAGGGUCGCCAAGAGCACAUGGACCAACUGCUUUCGGACAUGAAAAAAGAAAAUGAGGCAUUAUGGCGGGAGGUGGCUCGUCUACGCCAGAACCACAUGAAGCAACAGCAAAUAGUUGAAAAGCUCAUCCAGUUCUUGGUCACCAUGGUACAGGCCAACCGUAAUAUUACUGUAAAGCGCAAGAUCCCACUCAUGCUCCACGACAGUCCCAGCACAGGUGCAAAGGUGCCCCGACUGGCCAAGAAUGCCUUUAUUGCCGACUACCAAGUCAGUUCACCUGCCGGUUCACAGGUGUCUGAAGGUCCUGUAAUUCGUGAUGUAACUGAUGUAAUGGAAGACCUUGGUGAAACAAGUGGCCCCAUUGUUGGUGAUCUGGUGACUACUGGCCAGUCCCCCAGGGCAGUCGACGUGUCAGCGCCUGUGAUGCCAUUACGUCUGAUUUCACCAGCAGCUUCCAAUGACUUGGAUGUUAGUCCUGUAGUGGCUAGUCCUUUGAAUGCAACAGAAGCAAUAGAGCCUCUGUGCCUACUUGAUCCUCUUCAGGAUGAGGAGGGCUCAUAUGUACUCCCAUGUGACAUUGAAGAAGUGAUUGUGGAUUCAUCUGAUGACAGUCCAAAGGAACCAGCUGCACCCUCUUCCAAGAGCCUAGCAGUGCCCUGUCUGAAGGCUGUCGAAGUUGUGACAUCUUCUUCUACCACUGACAAGGACAGAUCUGCAAAUUCAGCCUUUUCUUCAUCUGACUUGAUGGGUGAGGAAGACCCAACAAUGCUGGGUCAUAAGCAGGCAUCCAGUGGCACCUCAGACCUGCUGAGCAGUUGUGUCAUGCUGGAGGACAUUCCCAUGUUUGUGGGUGAUGUGGAGCCUCCUGUAGCAGCCUCUCCGUCUGGCCUGGCUGACCUAGCAAUGGAGGAGAGCUCCAAGCACAAGGAGAAAGCAAUUGCACCACGCAGUCCAGGAAUGCAGGUGGCAUUGCAGGACAAGGCUGCUGGAUCUGCUAAGGUUCUUGCAGAGCAUGUGGAAUCCAUAGAUACUGACUUGGAUUGGCUGCAAGACCAGCUGAUGAGUGGAGGGCUCAACUUGGACACUUCCACAUUGAUGGGGGUAUGUCCUGACUGGACAGGGCUUCUGUCAAAAGCCUCAAAGUUGUUUUCUCCUGAAGAUCCAUUGACGUCUUGUUUGGGGGAAUUGGCUACUGAAAACAGGUCUAUUUCAGACACUAUAGGCAAUCGAAGUGGCUCAAAGUUCGCCACCCCCGCUGGCCAAUCGUACCAACGCAGACAAAUGAAGGAGAACCUGAUGGAAUGUAGUGGACACCCUGUAGGCAACGAGGUGGUACAGUACACACCAAGCCUCCUUGACCUGGGCAUUGAAGACGACUCCUCAUUUCAGCCUGUUAAUGAGCUUCUUUUGUCUGACGAUGAACUCCCAAGCAGCUCAUCUAUGCCAGCUAAUGGUGAAUCAAUCGGCAGGCCUGCCACCUUGGUUGCUUCUGAGAAGAGUCCAAGCUUGCGUUCUGCAUCGCCAUCGCAACCAGACAGCACUAAAGUGGUGCAGACUAUGCCCCGGUUAGUUGGAAAGAAAGGAAGUACAUCAAGCAAGAAGCGCCGUGGAAAUAGCAAAAAAUGAAAUAGGCUAAUAUUGAAAGGGAAAGUAACUAGUGAAGUAAAUUUGUGUUGAACCCGGUCUCGUUAACACCCUUACCCAGUUUUUCACAUUACAUUGGUCUUUGUGAGCAUAGGAUACCAACUGCCUCAAGUAUUCGGUAUCAUUGCCUCCUGUUAUUACCAGCUCCUGUUAGUAGUACCUUUACGUGUAAUACCUGCACACAUUUUACAGGUAUUGAGUAACAUGUUUUUAUGCACAAUGUGUUCCCCAUGUUGAAAAUUGUGUAUUUAUUAACUAUACACCUAUAACUAUCAACAAGUGAGAUUUCUCAGCACCUUCUUGUUUUAACCUUUUGUGAUGGCUUGCCUUUUCAGCCCCCCCCCCCCCCCCAUUCCCCUCUAUUUGUUUAAACUGUACUGUUCAUUAUUAUUAUUUUAUUUUAUUUUUUUUGCGUGUGACAUCUUGGCUAAUCAAGAUUCGCACGUGUCAAAUAUAUUGCAAAAUCGACACUGAGUGGCAGUGUUGGCCAAAAGAAGAAUUGAAAAGCAUUUCAAUUGCUUCUAUAUUAUUCUGUAAUAUUUUCAGCUGCUUGUGCACAUUGUACACCAUUGUAGUGGAAAACCACACGUUUAGAAUAAAGUUUUUCUGUUGACCAUGUU